AUGCCUCCUGGGAUUGACAGAAUCAGCGAAUUGCCGGAAUCUCUGGUUUCCCAAAUUCUCGCACACCUUCCGACGAAGGAUUCGGUGAAGACGAGCGCUUUAUCCACCAGAUGGAAGAGUCACUGGCUCAAAGCUCCUGCAAUCGACUUAACCUACAGCGAUCUAAAAUCCGAAGUCGUCUUCAUCAGCUUCAUCGACAGAUUCCUCGAGUCUAACAGCGAGUCACGCCUCCGAAAAUUCAAGCAUCUAGAUGUUGAGAGCAGUGAUUACUAUAUAGAGCCUGAAGAUGGAAGCUAUCCUAUCAUCGAGAUCAUGCCUCUGAAUCUGUAUACGAGCAAGACGUUGGUUUCUCUAAAGCUCUCACUUUCGGGUCUUCAAGAUUGCGGCUUUGUGUCUCUGCCUUGUCUUAGAUUCAUGGAUCUUGUAGAUGUUCAUUGGGUUGAUCCUAUGAAUCUUGAGAAGCUUCUCUCGGGAUGUCCUGUUCUUGAAGAACUGACCUUGCUCAGGGAUCUUUAUUUUGAGCCUUUGGUUACGCGUGUGAGGUCUCGGAGCCUGAAGAAGCUCGGUGAUUGUUGUUUCCGUAGUGGCAAGGAGUUUGAUGCUCCGGAAUACAGAAUGGAGAUUGAUGCUCCGGGAUUGGAGUUUUUGAGUCUCACAGAGAAUCAUUUCGAUAGGAUUGUGGUGAAGAAUUUGACUUGUUUGUUCACCAUCGACCUUGAUGUAGAAUCUUGCUUAAGUUUCAGCCCGGAGGACUUGUCAAAGAGAAACGAAGUCCGUGAUUUUCUCGCCGGAGUUUCGAGUGCAAGACAUAUGAUCAUCUCUGAGAAAACAGUGAAGGCACUUGAUGUUUACUCGAAAGUGGGAUUGAUUCCGAAAUUCAACAACUUGUCCUGCCUACAAGCCGUCUUCCCGAGCUCCUCGUUACAGUUCUUGCCUUCGUUUCUUGAGAGUUUCCCGAAUCUGAAACACCUAAUCUUGAAGGUUGUGUAUUCAAAGGAGAGUUGCGCAUUUGAACUCUUGAAUGUGCCUCGGUGUUUCUUGUCGAUUCUCGAGUGUGUUGAGAUCAAAGGAUUUUUUGAUUGGGAUGAAGAGGAGAUGAAGAUAACGAGUUACUUUCUUGAAAACUCAAAAGUUCUUAAGAAACUCAUUUUGAGCUUUGCAGGUUGUCCUCUGCAUUAUUCAGAGUCAGAAGUCUACGAGGAGAUUCGUAAACUCACAAAAGGUUGUGAAGUAAUCAUUGAUUCUGAGUUUUGA